AUGACCGACUCGGUCUCAUCAUCAGAGGUGGAGCGUCUCACCGCCCAGAUGAACCUCAAGGACGCCCCAAAUCAAUCCUCGCCUCAGAAUGCCACCGGUGGCCCACCGUCACGCGCCUCCUCAUCAAGUGGAGGCUCUCAUUUGCUUCGUCCUGCUUCUGGCACUGGCGGUCCAUUGGCUGCGAAAUCACCCAACACAGCCGUCGGUGCCGCCGAACGCGCACGCCAGAUGGCAGGCGCUCGCCUCCCGCCAAGUCUGCAAGCCAAGCUCGCUGCCAACGCAAACAGAUCCACCGCAUCUGCUAGCCCCGGUCAUGCCGUCAUGGGCCAUGAUCAGCGCAUCGACAGCAACGCUAGCGCCUCGCUUUUCGUCUCGGCUAGCAGUCGCCCGGGAGCAUUACCAGGCACCGGCAUGGGUGGUCUUGCAGCACGUAGAGGCGUCCCUGGUGCGCUUGGCGGUCCUUCCGCAGGUGCACCCCCUUCAGCUUCUCCAGCAGCAGGUAUGGGUGCCAGACGCAAUCGACCCGGCCUCAAACUCAGCGACCGACUCAACUUCGGUGGCAAAGCCGUGCUCCACGCUUCCGGUGUAGAAUUUGGCAACGGAACCUCGUUCAAGAUCAACAUGGCCGAGCUUGAGCUCAUGGACGAGCUCGGCAAGGGCAACUACGGUACCGUUCGCAAGGUGCGUCACACGCAGACGCAUGUCGAGAUGGCGAUGAAGGAGAUUCGUCUCGAGUUGGACGAGUCGAAGCUCAAUGCCAUCAUCAUGGAGCUCGACAUUCUGCAUCGAGCCACUGCACCGCAGAUUGUCGAGUUUUACGGCGCCUUCUUUAUCGAGUCGUGCGUCUACUAUUGCAUGGAGUACAUGAACGCGGGCAGUCUCGACAAGCUGUACGGCGACCGGGGCAGCGUGCCUGAAGAUGUGCUUGCAAGGAUCACUGGCAGCAUGGUGCGUGGUCUCAGCUUCCUCAAAGAUGAGCUGCAGAUCAUGCACCGCGACGUCAAGCCCACCAAUGUGCUCAUCAAUCGCAAGGGUCAGGUCAAGCUGUGCGACUUUGGCGUUUCGGGUCAAUUGGAAAAGUCGUUGGCCAAGACCAACAUUGGCUGUCAGUCGUACAUGGCGCCCGAACGCAUCAAGGGCGAAUCGCAAAACAUGCUGGGCACCUACACCGUGGCCUCGGACGUGUGGUCGCUCGGAUUGUCCAUGGUCGAGACGACGCUCGGCACCUAUCCGUAUCCGCCCGAAACCUACUCGAACGUUUUUGCACAGCUCCAGGCCAUCGUGCAUGGCGAUCCUCCCGAAUUGCCUCCCGAGCUGUACUCCGAGACGGCGCGCGACUUUGUAGCAAAGUGCCUGGAAAAGAUUCCAGCUCGAAGGCCAACGUAUGCACAGUUGCUCGAGCACGAGUUUCUUACGGAGGAUGCGGCCAAAGGCGAGGAAGGCGUCGACAUGGUCGGGUGGGUGGAAAGGGCCAUUGAUGCGAGAACACGGAAAAAGGAGCAGGUCAAUGGUACUUCAGCUCCUGGUUCAUCUUCAACACCAUCAGAGGCAUGA